ACUACAUAACUAUUUACUACUUACAACCCCAACACAUCCAAAACACACAAUCGCCUUGGCUGCGGCGGCAGUGCGGCCACGACGCCUCGGAUCAGACAUCGACACCACAACUACAACCACAACUACAAUCACCAACAACAACAACACAAAGGCGGCCUUGGCAGAAGAAGCAGUCGCGGAAGCUUCCUCUCUUCUCCUCUCUCCUCUGCGUCGGCAUGUUCCGCGACCGCACAGGGCUCUACUACUCCUACCGCCAGUCCUACGCCCGCCACCCCCAGUCCGCGCCAUAUCCCUACUCCGCCCGCUCCUCCACCCCCGCCGCUGCAGCCGGCCACACCCUCGACGAUGCGCGCAACCCACUGCUCAACGCGGCAGACGAAGCCGCGGGCACAGGCGAGGACGACAGCGCAAUUGAGCUCGACGUGCUGCCCCCGUCUUGGACCGACGUCGACGACGAAGUCAACCAGAUCCUCGAGCUGAUCAAGCAAAAGAGCCAGAAGCUCGACAAGCUGCACCAGGAACACAUUCUCCCUGGCUUUGACGACCGAUCGCAGCAGGAAGCAAUCAUCGAGAACCUCACCCGCGAGAUCACGCAGCACUUCCACGAAUGCCAGGCCCGCAUCAAGCAACUCGGCAUGCUCGUCCAUCAGGCCGAUCUGACGUCGGCGCAGAUCAACAUGUGCAAAAACAUGCAGAUCUCGCUCGCGACAAAAGUCCAAGACUCGUCCACCCAAUUCCGCAAAAAGCAAUCCGCGUACCUCAAAAAACUCCGCGGAAACAGACAGGCUGAGCUCCCGACCACCUACUCUGCAGUCUACCCCGAAGACGACCUCGACGUCGGCUUCUCGCAGUCGCAGAUCCAGCAGUCGGCCCAAUUGGCUCUCAACUCGGACGACACGAUGAUCCGACAGCGCGAGGCAGAGAUCACGCAGAUCGCAGAGGGCAUCCUCGAGCUCGCCGAGAUCUUCCGCGAGCUGCAAACAAUGGUCAUCGACCAGGGCACCGUCCUCGACCGCAUAGACUACAACAUUGAGAACAUGAAGGAGCACGUCAAAGCCGCAGAGGUCGAGCUCCGACAGGCGGCUCACUACCAGCAACGAACACAGAAAUGCAAAGUCAUCCUCUUCCUCCUCCUCGCAGUCCUCCUCCUCGCCGUCCUCGCGACUAUCAAAAUCCAACACCGAUCCUCUUCAUCACCAUCUCCGCCAUCUCCCGCACCACCAUCUACACAGCCGACCACUACUCCUUCUGCUGACUCAAGGUCAUUAUAGUGACGACUGAACAGCAUAUACAACGAGAAUUGCAUUCUGGAUCUUCUUUGGGCAUAAUAGUAUAAUACA